AUGACCUUCUUUGAGAAUUUCUCAUACGAUGUCAUCUUCGAACUCAAUAAAUAUCUCAGCCUUGACGAUGUCGUGCAUCUUUCCCAGACAUGCCGCCAAUUGAGAGCGUCAAUCUUCAGUAACGAUCAAGUGGCAAGGCAGGUGGUCGGAGCACAUCAUCUGUAUACAGAAGAAGCAUCCGAAGCCCAGCAAAAGAUUUUUACGUAUAGACACGCUUUAUGUUCCAUUUACGAAAGACGUCAGGCCUUCUCGGUUGCGCGGCCUUUCGCAGCACAAGUUGUUGGACAAGGACACUCCUUUCUCUAUCGAUGUGGAGUGCUAUGCGCGAAACGAGACAGCACUAUCUCUGUCACGAGCGUGCGAUCUGCAGGGCCUAGCUUUGAGUUCAAUCUUGGUCAACUGCUCCUCGAUCAUGAGGAGUAUCAUCUGGGUAACAGCUUUGAGAUGAUGUAUUACAGUGAAGAUCUCCUCGCUGUUCUUGUCGCAAUCAAUGAGCAAGAGAGCAAUGGCGGUGAUCCGCAAGAAAAUUUCAUCGUCCUUACAAGAACAACGCCAGGUCUGUCCGACAGGGAGCGUAUUAUCAGGGUGGUCUCAAUUGGGCCAGCAGCAGACAGCUGUAGACUGUUUGUCCGCCAUACUUCGAAGUACAUGUACUUCGGCCUCCACAAUACGCUAGGAAGGGAUGGCCAUCGCAAGUGGGUAAUCAAGGGCUGCUCGUUAGACCCAGACGAGCCUGACAAUGACAUCUGGAUGAACCCACCUCUUCUCAUCGAAGACUUUCACGGCAAUGAUGUUGGGUCAACGGUUGCUUUCGAGAUACAUGAUGGCUACUUUUACGCUGUCUCAAAUCAGGGCACUUAUGAGGUGGAAGAGGUCGACUGGACUUCUUUCUACCACUGUGUCAGGUUUCCCCUCGAUAACAACGCCAAAGAAGCCGUGCAGAGAGACACACGCGUUUAUCGUCGACAGCAUGCUGAAGGCGCUAUACACGACUCGUGGACGGACCUCACACUUCAGCACGACGAAGAGACCAAUGAGCUUUACAUUGUCGAGUCCAGGCGUGAAUGGCUUGGAGCAACCUCAAAGCAAGCGAGAACGUUCUACACAUCAAAGAUCCAGUUUCCUACGUUUGUAUUUGGAGACUUUAUGCCAGAUGUCGGCUCGUCAAGCAGCAGUACAUCACAGCCCCGGCCGUUACCUGACAACGACAUUCUAACAACUCUUCUUGGCUCUUCGCAUAACGCAAAUUAUAUGCCCACACCUGAGCAAUACAGCUGGACACGACACCCCGAGUUUCCCACCAGUAAUAGAAGCCCAUUCACUCUUGCGAAAACAAAGUUCCGAGCAUACAACUACUCCUGCUCUACCUUCUUAGAUCUUGUAGAAGAUGAAAAUUGCUGCACCGAUCGCUCACCAAAUUCCCGACCCUGUCUCAGGCUGAGAAUGGGAAGCCGGCGAGUUGCACCAUCUGACACGCUUAUCAUCCAGAGUGGAAAAGGGAAGUAUCCGGUCAAGCACAACGGCCCUAUUGACCUCUCCCCGGCAGAGUACAGCCCCUACAUAGACCACACGCACUACCGCUACCCCGAGAUCAACAUGUGGCCGCCACCACCCUCGACAUGCCAAUGCGCUGUGCGCCUUCAUCGCAUCAUAAACCCCGUCUUCAGAUCCAGUUCUACCUGGGGCGGAGGUGGUAUCCAAGCCGUCUCCGAUGAACGCAGUAUUGUGUACAUGGUCAAACCGAGCGGCGAGAACGUGGAUAGUGCACUAGGCACCAUUGUGCUAGUCGACUUCGGUCGUUCGAAUGUGAAUUUGCAAGCCGGAAACGACCUACGCUGGGAGCGCGGAGCUGGACAAGAAGCAAGAUGCAGGGAUGGCACGUGUGCGUAG